AUGGAAUUUGAUACAUUUCUUUCUCGUCGGUGUCACACACUUGAUGCUGUUGAAGUAUCAAAAGGUCAAUCUAAGGUGCCAAAUAAUCACUUAUCAGUUCAAGGGUCACGAAGGUCGUUUACAACAUUUCAGGAUAACUCAAUGACGAUCGAAGACACAACCACAAAAUGUCAUAUAUGCAAAAUUCCACAUGCGUUGUAUCAGUGUUCACGGUUUUUAGAAAUGAGAGCUCCGGAUAAGGUGAAAACGGCUCUAGUAGCAAAUGUUUGUUUAAACUGUUUACGGAGUGGUCAUAGAGCAUCUACAUGUCGUAGUUCUGGCUGUCAAAGGUGUAAUAAGCGACACAACAGUAAAUUGCAUUUAGAAGAAGAUGAACGAGAAGAAGCAUUUUCCAACAACAUAAUACUGGUACAAGAAACAAGCAAUGAUAUAUUGAGCAGUCCUGAAGUACGAGAACCUGCAGUCGUUUGA